GAUGGAUAUGUCUAAUUCUGGAAAGUUGUAGAGUGUUUUAGGAGAUACAGAGAAUUAUAUGGCUCUGAGUUUGCUGAUGCCAGGAAGGUCCCUGUUCAAGGCUUGUGGGGUGAUCAGGCAUUCCAUUCCUGCUUCAAGGUUUUCCAUACAUUCAUCUGUAUAUGAGAAAAAUGUAGAUGAAGGUGUUGAUCUCACAAGGGUUCCAGAGCAUGUAACAGUAACUACAAGUCAGAAGUGGUGGGCACCUCAUCCUAAGACAGGCGUGUUUGGUCCUGCAGAUGAACAAAAUUGGGCAGGUGGAGAUCCUUGCCAUUCUCAUGGAAAGAAAGCUGAAUCUAGUCUUGAUCAACAAGUCUGGUUUCGGCCCCUUGAAGAUGUUCAGAGACAACCCUCCAAUUAACCAAUGAAUGUAGGCUUCAAAAGUAGAUUAGCUGAGUGCUUUGUUGAAGUCCCCCAGUUUGGUAUUUGUGUUGAAUCCAUAUCCAUAGGUAAUGAGUUUUAUUAUGUACUAUAAUAAGCUGCCUUGAAGGGGUUUUGUAUUUUUGUACAGAACCCAUAUCCAGAGUCCAAAGUUAUGAGUUUUAUUAGAGUCCGAAGUCAUGAGUUUUAUUAAGUACCAUUUCAAGCCACCUUGCAAUGGUUUAGUAUUUUGGUUAAGAACUCAUGUCCUUGAAUACAAAGAUCUGAGUUGCAUUCCUAAUCAUUAUAUGUUGUAAAGCAGAAGUUUGAUAUUUUGGUUAAGAACUCAAAUCAGAAGUAUGAAAUUAUUGGUUCUA